GCUGUCCAUCACGUCCUUGUCCCGCCCCCUCAGGAGGGAUUUCGGGGCUUUCCAUGGCGACAGCUCCAAGGACAAACCCCCCCGCGUCCCCAUGGAGCGGGGGACAAGCGCCAAGGGCAGCAAUUUCCGCAAUUUCGGCAAUUCCAGGAAUUCCGGGAAUUUUUUGGAGGGGGGCAAGCGCUGCUGAAGGCGUUUCCUCCCUCUCGCCCCUCCAAAACGCCUGGAAAAAAUCGGGAUUUUAACCUCCCACCGCUUCGUCCAUCUCCUGCUCUGCUUUUCCAUCGGGAAUUCUGCGGAAUUCCAGGAUUUUAUUAUUUUUUUUUCCUAUUUUUUUUUUUUUUUUCCUUUUUCCAGCCCGAAAUCCUGACAACCUUGGCCGAUAAAUGAGGGAUCACCAUGCUGACCAGCAUCACCGACGGCUUCCUCUGCUGCCUCCUGGGCAAGACCCCCAACGCCGUGGCCCCCCUGGACAGCGUUGAAUCCAGCGACGGCUUCACCUUCCUGGAGGUGAAACCCGGCCGAAUCCUCCGGAUCCGCCACGACGUUCCCAACCGCCCGGAAUUCCCUCCGGAACCGGAGGAACCGGCCGAGCGCGGCGCCGUGCGCUGCAAGCGCCGCAUCACGCUCUACCGCAACGGGCAACUCCUGAUCGAGAACCUCCCCGACGCCGCUCCCCAAAACCCCGAUCCCAACGCCGAGCAGGAAAACUCGGAUCCCUCCGGGAUCCCGGCGGCGACGCCCGGGAAGCGUCGGAAGCGCAAACCCAAGAAGGUGGUGACGGUGGAUUGCGAGAAGCGCAUCACUGGCUGCAAGGGCGCGCACGGCGACGUGGUGAUCUUCUUCAUCCACGGCGUGGGCGGCUCCUUGGACAUCUGGAAGGAGCAGCUGGAAUUCUUUUCCAAGCUGGGAUACGAGGUGGUGGCGCCGGAUUUGGCGGGGCACGGCUGCAGCUCGGCGCCACCCGUGGCCGCCGCCUACACCUUCUACGCCUUGGCCGAGGACAUGAGGGUGGUGUUCAAGCGCUACGCCAAGAAAAGGAACAUCCUGGUCGGGCAUUCCUACGGGUAA